UUGUGACCCUGGCUGGUAGAGAGAUGCCACCAGUCGUUCUAUAUUUAUAGGCCCUGUGUUGUUUGAACCGUCGAGUUAGCUUUAUGAAUGGUGGAGGGAAGCAUAGCAUGCAGGCUCCAUGGAUCAGACUUGUCAAAGAUACUCACACUCGGUCGAAUGUGCGGUUUCCAUAUUUGGCAUCGCUUAUUGUCCUACAGCGACCCGCCAGAACUAGACAAUGGGAGUCUUUUGCAAUUUGGCAUUUCUUGUCAGGGCAUCAUGCAAGGAUCUGCGUGUUGUGUGGGGACCAGCGACUUGUCCUGCGGCAGGCCUGAGGAAGAAUGUUUAUGAAUUAUGAACGGAAUCAACUUUUGAAAAGAGCGCACAUCUGCCAAGAAAUCGAGGAUAUGUGAAAAAGGAACUAAGCGGUAGGUGUGGCUAUUCUACAGACUAG